AUGGUUAGGAUUUGGGCGAUUCUAGUGGCAUACGUUAGCCUUGUUUUCGGUGGUCGCAAUGUUGUCGCUGCCCUUUCUGAAAGGGCGCCGUAUCAGUUUGGUUCAGGUGUUGCACUCACUACAAGCUCCGUUACUCAGGAGGCAAACCCACACUUAUCAGAAGUUUCUCGCUUCAAAAGACGCCAACGUCUUCUUCAUGGGGUUCUCCAACAAGAUAGUACUGUGCUCCGCGGGGCUGUUGGAGCAUCAGAGCCCAUACCAGGGAUCUUUCUGCAGCUUCAAUCGGAUCUUGAACAUUCCCAAUCUACUGCGUCCCAAGAAUUAGGGGGAUCCUCGGCGUCAGCUGGUGACUCCCAUCUAGAGAAACACAAAGAAUCCUCUCAGGAAGCCUCAAAUGCAUCUAAGAGAGAGGCGAAAGCACAGCCUGAGGAAGAUUUCAAAGCGUCGGCGACAAAUGCAGAAGGAAGCCAAGCUAGUGAGGGAGAGCAUUCUUCCCACAGCAAAGGCCAUGGACGAAGUGACAGCGAAACCUCGGAAACAGCAACUCACAAAGAGGAGGAGGAGGCGGGGAAAACUUUGCACGAAUCUGCAUCUGCAGAAGGAGGAGCCGCCGACCAUAAGAAGACAAAAGCACACCAACCUGGCCAUCAGGGAGAAGAGGCCAAAGAGCACGAAAGGGAGAAUUUACUUGAACCCGGCCGUACGGCAGGAGGGGUCAGCGAACAAGGCAAGACAAAGCCACACGAACUUGACCAUACGGCAAGCGACAGCCUACACGAGGAGGCAGAGGAGAAAACACACAAACAUGUCCACGGGCCAGCCAAGUUCGAAGAAGAGGUGGAUUUCAACUCCCUAAUUAACCGACUUCGCCCCCUACUGAGUGCGGCGAAAGGCAAAGAACUUUACGGAAGGCUAGUGACGAUUGUCGACUUGCAUGAAAAGGCGGUAGCAGUUGAGGAGGAACUUAAAGCAGAGGCAAGGAAGGAGACGGCUCAAGAAGAGGCUCUGAAAGAAAAGACAGGCUCGGACGUUGCUACUCAGGAGGACUUACUGUUGACCCAGCAAUUGAGCAACAUGUGGGUACUGCCCUUCUACGAAGAAACCAAGCGCGAGACGUGCCUCUCUGGAUUUGAAGGCCUUGCUCAUGAGGCAACGAUUACUUGCGCUGACCCUGAAUGUUUUAAGCUUGAAACCCAAGCCCAACAAUGCCAUUACAUGUCGAUUGAGUCCAUUAUGCGCAAAGAGGAAUUUGAAACCGAAAGUGGACAGCCAAAAUGGCAGAAAUCACCUCAUCCACAAGCAGCGAAGGACCACAUGAUUUUGGGAUUCGAUGGAGAAUGCCGCAAACCCGAAGCCCUGGGUUCUGAGAUACUAAACAUGUUGCAGCAUCCUCGACAGCUUGCCAAAAAGCACGCCUUGGAGCGUGCAACUGGCAGCGGAGGCACUGCUCCACCCCAGAAGCAUCAUUUGGACCUUAAAUGCGAGACUGAAGAAAAUGCGGACAACUCUUCAUGCAAGACUGUAUACGAGGCCCUCCAGCACGUCGCAGAAUCGAAGCCGCGGGCUCUGCCAGAAUUGUUGGUCUUGACGGAUAUCAAAGAUCUUAAGAACACCUUAGGUUUGUACAGAAUCGCACUUAUUUUCGAAGGGCUUGUUCAAUUCACUACUCCAGAAGGAAACAAAGUUGACGCGUUUCAACACAAACUUCGCGCAGAGGAUGCGGAGUUCGUGCGCAAGCACAGACACCAAGAUAUAUCGUCUACAGUGAUGCUAAAGGAAGAGUGA